UUUUAGAGGGAAACUUGCCAACCAUAUUGAAAUGCAUUAUUAUACUCUCUUUGUUUACCAACCUUGGUUUCAACGUUCAACUUCGUUUCCAUAAACAAUCAGAAAUUCAUUGGAAAUUCAUUAUUGUAGCUUCUGAAAUGUCUUCUGUAACCAACCCAGUUCUCAUAUCAGUUCAAAGACCUCAAAUUUCUGCACUUUUUUUGUUACCUAAAAGAGUUUCAACUUCAACAAGUUAUGGAUUGUUGAAAUCUAGAACAGUACUUCAACAUGAGGCUACAAAUUCAAGCUUAUCUUUCUCUCCAUUGGUGAAAGGUUUGAGAUUAAGAGAAAGAAGGUUUCCGGUUGUUGCAGCCUUAGCAGCAGAUGCUGAUGAUAGUGAAAUUGGAAUCACUAAAGGGUCUGUCCAAUCCUCAAAGAGUUUUGGAGAGAAAUUUCCUGCAUUGGUUACUGGUUUCUUUUUCUUUAUGUGGUACUUCUUAAAUGUGAUUUUCAACAUACUCAACAAGAAAGUCUACAAUUAUUUUCCAUAUCCAUAUUUUGUUUCUGUUGUACAUCUCCUUGUAGGGGUGGUAUAUUGCCUUAUUAGCUGGGGUGUAGGCCUACCAAAACGUGCACCAAUGAAUAAGGAGCUCUUGCUUCUAUUGACUCCAGUUGCAUUUUGUCAUGCCCUUGGUCAUGUCAUGUCUAAUGUAUCAUUUGCUGCUGUUGCUGUGUCUUUUACACAUACUAUAAAAGCUUUGGAGCCAUUUUUCAAUGCUUCAGCUUCUCAGUUUGUGUUAGGCCAACAUAUUCCUCUGUCUCUGUGGCUAUCUUUGACUCCUGUUGUUCUAGGUGUAUCAAUGGCAUCACUAACUGAACUAUCUUUCAACUGGACUGGUUUCAUUAGUGCUAUGAUUUCAAAUAUAGCAUUUACAUACAGAAGUUUAUAUUCUAAGAAAGCAAUGACUGGAAUGGACAGUACAAAUGUAUAUGCGUAUAUUUCAGUGAUCGCACUCGCCUUUUGUAUCCCGCCAGCAAUACUUAUUGAGGGACCCCAACUAAUGGAAUUUGGAUUUAAAAAUGCUAUUGCCAAAGUAGGACUGAUCAAGUUUUUGUCUGAUCUUUUCUGGAUUGGAAUGUUUUACCAUCUUUAUAAUCAGCUUGCUACUAAUACUUUGGAACGUGUUGCACCACUAACACAUGCAGUUGGAAAUGUGUUGAAGAGAGUUUUUGUCAUUGGAUUCUCCAUAGUAGUUUUUGGCAACACAAUAUCCACACAAACUGGCAUUGGCACUGCUAUUGCAAUUGCAGGUGUUGCUGUCUAUUCUCUAAUAAAAGCAAACAUGGAAGAGCAAAAACGGAAAGCUGCUGCAGCCCUUGCAUCUUAAUGGAUGUUCUUUCUUUGAUCAGCAAUACUGGAUCAAGUUGGCAUAAAUUAAGUGAUAUGAUAUGAGAAGUAUUCAGAGGAUCCAAUAUUUGAUAACAUGUUUCAUUGUUUGUGUGCCUUGAAAAGUAAAAGUAUUUAGAGGUAGAAAAAGUGAUUUUGCUUCAUUUUGUUCCUGUUUUAGUAUUUAUAUGCUUCUGUAUAAUUGCACUACUUGAAGAUCUUAGUUAAUGAGUAUUUAUCUGCACAAUUUGAGUGCAGGGUUUAACCCA